AUGUCAAAUUCUCAACUUGAUACUACAACUGCGAGUCGGCACAACAGGAAUUCUCGGGUCGAUCUUGCAACUACUGCUAGCACACCAGCAAAUUCAGCUGCUGUUGACUUGGACGAUGGCAUUUGGGAUUCCGACGAAGACAACUCUGCCGAGCAGAUUCGAGACCGUGCUGGAGAGAGCCAGACAUCAACUCUCGAAGACGAUCCUUCUCAUCCUCUAUACAAGAUCAGAAAGGCUGCUCGUCAGAGCAAUCUUCCUCUCUACGAAAACACUAAGACUAGGAAGCGGGCGACAGGCUUGCAAGUAGUGUACGAGGGAGAAGACCAAAAGACGAAACUCGCCGAUGCCGCCCGUGUUACGGUCGGGGAAAUCUGGGAGAUCCAUGAAUCAGCUCCAACCGGCGAUCCAGACGCUUACCUAGGAGAUGGAAAGACCGCACCCACACCUGGAGGUCUGCAUAGCUCGAAGACCAGCAGAGUUGUGGUCACUGGCGUGGAGGGAGAGUUUCGAACUGGCUUCAGGAUUACCAGCUGUAACGGCAAGCUCCAAGAAAAGAUCGACAACAUGGGAAAAGACAUACGGUAUCUCUUGAUUCAUCUCGAAGGUCGGCCAACACCACGUAAUUCAGCCGGUCUUCCACUUCUGCGCAUUACAUCCUGGGUAUCCUGGUAUGAGUUAUCGGCCAUGGAUAUUGGCCAUAGCGUCAGCUUCCGACCAUCGAUGAACGACCGACGAAUAGGAAAUGCUCACAUCACCGAUGUUGAGGAAGGUGUACUUCGGAGGACCGAGCGAGAUGUCAUGGGAGUCUCGACUUUGGCCCGAACGUUCGAAGAGACUCAGCCAUACGGCCCAUUCCCUCGCCAAAACACACGCACACGGUCUCGUUCGACAGUGGCAAAUUCAGCAUCGCCAGCUGCGCCGCAUGCGCAAUCUCAAGCCACUGCCUCGGCGUCCAAUCCACCCUCUGGCCCGCGCUCUAUGGCUGGAGGAUUCGAUCGGCUGGCGGCUCUGAACUCAGCAAUUGAUUGGAGUCUGGAACCUGAGCAGCGCGAAGCGAGGCCUGCAGCACGACCCACUCAACAACCUCUCACGAAUCCACUCCCGCCCCCUCCACCUACGCCUACCCAGGCCCAAACAGACCGGGCUACUUCAGAUGGUAUCAACGCUCGUACGCCUGCGCAACAUCACACGGAGACCGAUCAGCCUGGUACAAUAGUCACGAAUGCUAAGCGCAAGAGGGACGACUCGGAAGAAGGGGCUCUCAAGAAUGGCCGACGCCAAUCCAUUUGA